CUUUACACACACACAAUUACCAAAGAGAUCAAAACCGUUAUACAUGAGCGCGGAUUGGGGACCGGUGAUUGUAGCGGUGUCUCUGUUCAUCCUACUAUCACCAGGACUUCUGUUUCAGCUUCCCGCGAGGACGAGAGUUGUUGAAUUCGGGAACAUGACCACGAGCGGUAUUGCGAUUUUGGUUCACGCAGUUAUAUACUUUUGUAUACUCACAAUCUUGGUGAUUGCUAUACAAAUCCACAUCCAUUUCUGAUCUCUGCUCUUAUAUCAUGUGAUGUAACAAAAAGACGGCAUUUUUAUUGCAAACUCUAAUGUGUGUAUAAA